AUGAGGGAACUGGGAACCCAGUGGGUCCAAAAAGUCAAGUUUCCAAAGGGAGUCAAGUACUCUUCAAUUGAGAAGGAAGUCAGGAACACCCUUACCUGGGCAAACUUCUUAGCUUUUGACUUGAGCAAAUUCACUUGGGAAGAUUAUCAGACAGCAAGUCUCAUAUUAGAAACAAUAGAAGACUUGGUUCGAGUGGUAGAACUCAAGCGUGUUAGGGUCCAAGAGAGCUCUAGGAUCGCGGCAUUAGUCGAGCAUCAGGCUCGACCCACGUAUAACAACAACCCAGCUAUCGCAGGCUUCAUCAGGACAGCAAAACGGCGUCGGCACGAACUUGCGCUAGUAUCCAAGGGAGGCAACGGUGACGACACCAAGAAGAAUACGACUCCGGACCCAGGAAAGAAUACCGGGGCCGGGGCCAUUAACCACCAGUAAACACCCGAAUCCAACUGCCCUAUACCUCAAG